CCGCUUCCGUCCUUCAACCUGUACGUUGGUAUGCGUGUCGCGUGUGUGUCCCCGCCGCGGCCCGCUCAAUUCUGGCAUGAAUGAGUGUGGACAAGAAACAUCGUCCUGACGCCUCGCACUGCGUCACUAUGGAAGAGGCGCAGGCGGCGCAGGUGCCGCAAAGUGGGCCCUAUCUCAGACUACUAUCCGCCCUGUUCUACGGGCUCAUGUCAUUCCUGAUCAUAGUCGUCAACAAAAUCGUGCUCACCACUUACAACUUUCCUUCACCACAGGUUUUGGGAGUUGGCCAGAUGGUCGCUACUAUAGUUACCCUAUGGACCAUGAAGAACCUACGAGUCAUUGAUUUACCCAAUUUUUCUAUGGCCGUUUCUGCAAAGGUGUUUCCACUGCCAUUGUUUUUUGGCGCUAAUCUGGUCUGUGGCCUUGGCGGCACCCAAAAAAUUAGCCUUCCCAUGUUCACGGCGCUACGGCGGUUUUCUAUCAUGAUGACCAUGAUUGGGGAAUACCUUGUGCUAAAGAAAAUUCCACAGCCAGGCAUUGUGAUAUCGGUAAUAGCCAUGGUUGGAGGUGCCAUGAUAGCAGCAAGUCGGGAUUUGAGCUUCAAUCUCAGCGGCUACACGCUCGUGUUGCUCAACGAUCUCUUCACCGCCGCCAACAUCAUUUGCGUGCGGAAGAAACAGGACGCCAAGGACCUGAGUAAUUACGAGCUGCUCUUCUACAAUGCCCUGUUCAUGUUGGUGCCCCUGUGCCUUCUCUCCUGGUCCCUGGGAGACGUGACGUUGGCGUGGCAGUUCCCGCUGUGGGCAGAUCUCGGGUUCCUGUUGUCGUUCCUGGCCUCCUGUUUCAUGGGCUUCCUGGUGAUGCACGCCACGAUGCUCUGCACCGCCCACAACUCUGCCCUCACCACUACCAUCGUGGGCUGCCUCAAGAACAUCAUCACGACCUACGUGGGCAUGUAUGUCGGAGGGGACUACAUCUUCAACUUGGCCAACUUCGUGGGCCUAAAUAUCAGUAUGGCAGGAAGCCUCCUGUACUCCUAUCUGACCUUUGUACAGAAAUAGGAACCACUGAGGUCGCAUGUCGGGCUACAUGCAUCCCGAAGGUCCGCCACCAACUGGUUUGGUGUCGGUCUGCGACCGGAUCGAAGAAGGCCGACGGCAUCGACGCCGAGAGCAGAUUCCAGACGUGGUGCCGAGGACGACCGAUCCUCGUCUUCUCCGAG